AUGGUUCAUGUGAAUAAGCAAAUGUCCCGUAGUCUCCCGGAAGUUGAUGUCGCGGUGGUGGGAGCUGGUUUAUCCGGUCUAUCUGCGGCAAGAAAGCUACUCGACGCCGGCAAGACCGUCAGGAUAUUCGAAGCCAGAGACCGCGUUGGAGGCCGCGUACUGAACAAACAGCUAAAGAAUGGAGGAGUGACGGAGCUGGGCGCUGCUUUUGUUGGGCCAACUCAAGACAAGGUACUUGCGCUAGCAGCAGAACUGGGCCUCGAGACAUUCAAGGAGUAUAAUUCGGGCAAUAAUUUGGCGUACUUUGGCAAUCGCAGAGUGAAGUUUCCCAGUACAAGUGUUAUCCCUCCUUUGGACAACUUGACCUCGACUGAGAUCGGUACACUUAUCUUUGAAUUCGACAGCCUCGCUGCAACGAUUGAUGUCGAAAAUCCUUGGAACCAUCCAGACGCUGCCCGAUUGGACUCAACGACGCUUCGGGACGCAGCCCACAGCAUCGUCACAACUCAAGAUGGAAGAGACGUAUUCGAGAUAGCCGUGGAGACGAUAUGGUCGGCACGGUCCGACCAACUCUCAUAUCUGUAUGCAUUAGCCUACAUCGCUGGCGCCGGAAACGAGACUGCCCCUGGAACAUUCGAGAGGCUGAUAUCAGUCGACGGAGGUGGCCAAGAGAGCCGCAUCACGGGCGGCACUGGCCUCCUUCCCAACCGUCUCGCAGACAAGAUAGGCCGGGACAACAUCCUCUUCGGCAACCCCGUCCAGUCGAUCUCACGACAGACUUCAGGUAAAUACUUUGUCCAGGGCACAAAGAAAUCCAUUCGCGCCAGCAAAGUCGUCGUUGCCAUGUCGCCGCCUCUCGCCGCACGCAUCACAUACUCGCCCCCUGUGUCUACAAAGCGCCGACAACUCAUGAACCGCAUGUUUCUAGGCUCCAUCGGGAAGGCAAACGCAAUUUACAGAACGUCAUUUUGGCGCAACGGCGGACUCACAGGCCAGAUCAUCAGCACAUCCGACACCAUUCGUGCUACGUAUGACGACUCUGACGCCGCAGGCUCAUACGGAGCAAUCAUGGGCUUCAUACAAGCGGACACAAUGAAAGCCCUCGAUAAAGCCACCGAGGCCGAAAUCCAAUCGCUCGUCAAGCAAGACUACAUUCGGUAUUUCGGCGCGCAAGCGGCUGAUGUCGAUGAGUGGGUAAUUUUUCGGUGGGAUAAAGAGGAGUACUCCCGCGGGGGUCCAACGGCGCUGGCUGGGACGGGGACGUAUGCGAAGUAUGGUGCUGCCUUGAAAAACGCGGAUGGGGAGAUACAUUGGGCGGGGACGGAGGCAAGUGACUAUUGGCCGGGAUAUAUGGAUGGAGCGAUCAGGUCCGGGGAGAGGGCGGCCGGGGAGAUCUUGGGAGGGGAGUGAGCCUAGGUUCGGAUA